UUGGCUCUCGUGUGAUCUGCGUGACUGGGUGAAUAGCAUCCCAAAUUAAACUCCACUCUCGAGUCCGCCGCCGCCGCCGCCGGAGUUCCGCUCGCCGCCUCCCCUCAUCGCCGAAGGCCGCCCGCGGUGCUCGCAUUUGCCUCAAAGCUGCAAGACCAGUGAGGGAGAUCGCUCAAGUCAAUUGUGUGGCCGGCCAUGGACAUGGAGGCAAUUUUGGCAAGCAGCAAUCAUCUUAUUGAGAUGGCCGGGGGCACCCACCCACAUCCUGAUGCUCUGGUACGCCUCCGGCAGGUGCUGGGCGCUGCUGCGACACGUUGCAUCUCCAGCCCCCCCAUCUACGCCUUUUGUCUAAAACAGAUGUUGGCCAACUUCGUUCGCAAUUUCGGCAAUGACAUCAGGGAGCUGGAUAACCUCACUGCUCGCCUCCAGGCCACGCGCAGCCCUAAAGGCCGCCGCCAUGAUGUCUCCCCCACUGCCCAGCUCGCUGGCCUACAUGGAAAUGAUCUAUUCCGUGCACUGAUGGCCCUGCACCUGCCCAUGACCGCGCCUGUGGAGCUCUGCCUUGAGGCCGCUCUCGCCGCACAGAGACUCAUAACGCAUGACCACCUCGACCUUUUCAUCCACCUCUGUGAGGACGCUAGGGCGGUCGAUGAGUUUAACUCCAUGGUCUUCAUGGACCACAUAAAAACCUUGGAGAAGUUCGUGCAAGAGCACAUUGACCUCGCCGACGCCGCUGCCACUUCACGUGCAACCACUCGCGAAGCAAAGUAAAAGCUUGAUUGCCAUAGUUAAGCUAGCUAGCUGAAAGUAAGAUGAAGGGGCCAGGAGGGUCAUUGAUGGAUCCUUAUCUGGCUUCCUUCUGUAGUUUGCUGCAUUUCGUUAUCAAGCCAAGAACAAAAACAACUACUUAUGUAUGUAUUAUGCUACUUGUCAGCGAUCGAGUGUCUCUUAAAUAGUACUCACUCCACCAUAUUACUUGUCGCUCAAAUGGAUGUAAUAGUUCUAUCAAAUUGUGCCUUGUGCGCUUGGCCUGCUAUAAUUAAUUUCGUACAAUGGAAUUUGUUUGCCACCAAGUUAUGUUAUUAAUAGUCUAUAUGUUUCUUU